CGCUCUUCUUAUCAGAAAUAAAUAUACGGACAGUACAAUUUCCACUUCCUAUUUCUGCACACCAAACAUUGACUUGCGUUUAAAAAACUGCCAUUUUAGAAGAUUUCAUGGAUUCCAUUCCGAAUUUCAUUUAUGAACAGCAAUGCAGCCUAGACGAAAUUCACGAGAUCUUCGAAUAUUUUCUGGAGGAAAAAAUGCAUACCGACGUCUCCUUUUCUGUGAAAUGUGGCGACGGAUGGAUGGAUUACUCAGCACACAAACUCAUCCUUUCCAUGUGGAGUCCUGUAUUUGCUGAUAUGUGUUACAAACCCCGCAAUGAAAGCGACGGCCCCAUUCGCAUCGAAGACAUUUCUCCGUCUACUUUUGAUGCAAUGUUGAAGUUCAUGUAUGGAUGCCUCCCAGACAGACAUCUGAAAGACAUUCCCUUUCUGCUGAAACUGUAUAAAGGUGCAGUAGCAUAUGAAGUAGAGGCUCUGAAGAAUCUUUGCAGUGAGAUAUUCUUGUGUGCGACUCCCACUAAGUACAACGUCUUCCAGUUGCUGGAUGCCGGGAAGCUUCUCGACUGCGAAAGUCUGGUUCAGCGUUGCUAUAAAAUUCUUCAGACAAAAACUGCUGAAGUCUUGGCUGCCCAAGAGCUCUGCAACAUCACGCCAGCCAUGCUCACGACCAUACUCAACAUGCCUUAUGUUUCAUUUACUUCAGAAUAUGAACUUAUUUCUUGGGUGUUUGCUUGGGUUAAGAACGAGUUGUUGAAAGACUCUCAGAAGAGAUCCUUUAAGGAGAUUCUUGGAGAUUUUCUCCCUUAUCUGAAUUUUUUGAAUUUGACAUCGGAGGAAUUCGCAAAGCUUUUCCAGAAUCGUAAAAGCGAUUUGAUGAGUGAACAAGAAGGCUUCAGUAUCUUCAUGAACAUUGCGCUUCCUGGUUCAUAUCCUUUGCCGUCUUGGUACCCUAGCAGUCCUAAGCAUCGUGAAUACAAAAAUCAUGCAUAUAUGGCAUCAGGUGGAUUGAAAUCAAUGGAUAGCUUUGAAAGAAGCUUUCAAAGUCUAGGCUAAAACUCUUCUCGUGAAACUAGACUUUUAUAAUAAAUGUUUUAUUAUCACAUCUGGUAAUUACAGAAAAUAUACCUCUCAGAUGCUAUUUUUAAGUUUGUUUUGAUGAUUGUAUGCUGAGGCGUUAAAAUAUAUUGAUUAAAAUUCCAACUUCAUUAUGGUUUAUAUUUAUAUAAUGUAAAUAAAUUUGAUGUUGAUUUCA